UGCCGCUCGGUAAGCAGCAUUAAGAAGAUGCCUUGCCCCUUCCUGACCCGUCUGAGCACCAGCUACGUGCGCAACUACGCCCCGGCCCUGCUGAAGGCGUACGGCGCCCAGUGUCCGGUGGUGGCGCGCACCAUCUCGACGCUGCAGAACCCGCCGCCGUCGGUGGAGUCUGCGUCCGCCAAGGUGGAGCAGAACCGGAACCUGAGCUCGCUGCAGCAGCCCAAGCCCAAGGAGGAGGGGGGCAAAAAGUGUCCGUUCCUGAGCACGGCCGCGCCCCACGUCAAGGAGCUGGGCGCGGAAAGUGUGGACGUUCCGGCGAGCCGGCCUUUCCAGUACGAGGAGUUCUUCCACGAGCAGAUUAUGCGCAAGAAGAAGGACCACUCGUACCGGGUGUUCAAGAAGGUGAACCGUCUGGCCGAGGCCGGUAAGUUCCCCCAGGCGCUGGAGUACUCCUGGGGUGAGCGUCCGAUUACGGUGUGGUGCUCGAACGACUAUCUGGGCAUGUCGUGCCACCCGGAGGUCAAGAAGGCCGUGGCGAACGCGCUGGAGACGUACGGCGCGGGAGCAGGAGGAACUCGGAACAUUUCCGGCAACUCGCUGAACCACGAGAAUCUCGAGAAGCGGCUGGCCCAGCUGCACGAGAAGGAAGGGGCGUUGCUCUUCACCUCGUGCUUCGUGGCCAACGAUUCGACGCUGUUUACGCUGGCCAAGGCUCUGCCCGGAUGCCACAUCUUCUCGGACGCCGGAAACCACGCGUCGAUGAUCAUGGGCAUCAAGAACAGCGGAGUGCCGAAGCACAUCUUCCGCCACAACGAUCCUGCGCACCUGCGCGAACUGCUCUCCAAGGUGGACAAGUCGCUGCCUAAGAUUGUUGCAUUUGAGACGGUGCACUCGAUGACGGGGGCAAUCUGUCCGCUGGAGGAACUGUGCGACAUUGCGCACGAGUUUGGCGCGUUGACGUUCGUCGACGAGGUCCAUGCCGUUGGGCUGUACGGCGCUCACGGUGCCGGUGUAGGAGAACGUGAAGGUCUGCUGCACAAGAUGGACAUCGUGUCGGGAACGCUCGGCAAGGCGUUCGGCAACGUGGGCGGCUACAUCGCCAGCACCUCGCUGCUGAUCGACAUGGUCCGCUCGUACGCGGCCGGGUUCAUCUUCACCACUUCGCUGCCACCGACGGUCCUGUGCGGUGCCCUGAAGGCCGUCGAGAUCCUGGCCUCGGACGAGGGUCGUGAGUUGCGCGCCCGUCACCAGGACAACGUCCGUUACCUGCGCACAAAGCUCCAGCAGGAAGGAUUCCCCGUCGAGCACACCCCAAGCCACAUCAUUCCAGUUAAGAUCGGCAACCCGGCCCAGUGCACCGAGGUGUCGGAUCAGAUGAUCAAACGCUUCGGCCACUACAUCCAGGCCAUCAACUACCCGACGGUGGCACGUGGCGAGGAGAAGCUCCGUCUGGCGCCGACACCGCAUCACAACCGCGACAUGAUGGACAUCCUGAUCCGGGACAUGAAGGUCGUCUGGAAGGACCUGGGGCUGCCGCUGAACGGACCACCGUGCACUGCGGAGUGCACCUUCUGCCGUAAACCGCUGCUGUUCGAUCGCUUCGAGUCGCGCACCAAGGCCGCUUGCGCCGCCGAAAUCAACUGUCAGAUCCCGAACUGCCCCCAGAUUGCGGCCAUCGCAAACUAAGCCCACUCUCACAGCUCUCUCGCGCCGGAAGUGGGCCGCAGUCUGAGUCAGACAGAAAAUAUUCCACGCAAAAAAAAAAAGAAUUUCAAAAAUUUCGGUGAAUGGUGUCUGUGUACUAUUUCUUGUUUUUAUGUUCAAUGUUCAACAGCAGCAGCAUAUCGUGCAGUCACGUGUCUCUAGGUGUCCUUCCGGAACCGGAAGUGUUUUUUCUUUGUUAAAUUUAAUGCUAUUUCCACGCAACUGUGAUCAAAUGGACAUAGUGGUGUCAAUACUUUUUUUUUAAACAUGUCUGUUGGUUUACUUUUAUGUUGUUUUUCUUUUUUUAAAUAAUUCGUAAUGCAAAGGCAAGAACCGUUUUGUUAUGUUACCUUCAAAUAAAUUGUGAAAACGGUUUGCUUUUAAAAUUCCUGCAAAUGUUACCAUCA